AUGUCUCAGCCGGGGAAGUUGAUGCCAAAUCUGGAUCAGCAGAGCACUAAGGUGCUCAAUCUCACCGUGCUUCAGCGAAUGGAUCCUUUCAUCGAAGAGAUUCUGAUCACCGCCGCUCACGUCACUUUCUACGAGUUCAACAUCGAUAGCAGUCAGUGGGGCCGCAAGGAUGUCGAAGGAUCUCUGUUUGUAGUUAAGAGGAAUACUCAGCCUCGCUUCCAGUUCAUCGUGAUGAAUCGGCGAAACACAGAUAACCUGGUGGAGAAUCUGCUGGGAGAUUUUGAGUAUGAAAUUCAGGUUCCGUAUCUGCUGUAUCGUAAUGCAUCUCAAGAGGUUAAUGGGAUCUGGUUCUACAACCCGCGUGAAUGUGAAGAUGUUGCUAAUCUGUUUACUAGGAUACUCAAUGCAUACUCAAAGGUUCCUGCAAAACCUAAGGUGUCAAGCAAAAGUGAGUUUGAGGAGCUUGAAGCAGUUCCAAACAUAUCAGUGAUUGAGGGACCUCUGGAGCCGUCCUCAACUGCCAUUGUUGCAACUGAGGCUCCGGAAGACGUUUCAUUUGAGAACUUCUUUAGCGCAGCAGCAAAUAUUGGAAACUCUGCUCCCAUUAUGGCAAACUCAAGACAAAACUACCAUUCUUCUACAGCCCCAUUGAUUGCCAAUGCGAAUGUUGCUGCCACAUCCGCUUCACUGGCCCCCCAAAUGCUGCCCCUAUCUCUUUCCUCCAUCUCAAGUUCAAAGCCUGUCCAUGGCAUCCCUGAUUCAAUCAGCUCCAGUGACCGAGUCGCUAGUCUUGUGAAGCCCUCUUUAUUUUCUGUGCUACCUUCUACUUCAUCCUCACUGAUGGUACCACCAUCAGUCUCUUCAUCAUCUCUCCCUCCUGCUGUUGCUGCAAAUCCACCCAUAAACAUGCAACAACGACCAUAUGGUACCCCAAUGCUUCAACCUUUCCCCCCUCCUAACCCACCUCCAUCUCUUACUCCUACUGCUGCAGCUACACCUCUAAUCAACCGAGACAAAGUCCGUGAUGCCCUGCUGAAGCUUGUGCAGGACGAUCAAUUCAUAGACAUGUUUUAUCAAGCAUUGACCAAGGUCCAUCAUACAUGA